AAAAAAAUCAAGACCGGUAAAUAUAAUUUUUGAAGAACUCAAGGACUGGGGUUGUAAUUUGAUUCCCUUUCAUAUUUGCUGUAAAACGGUUACUCUCUUCUCCAUCUCUGUGAUUACAUUAACACACAACAGAUCCGUAGCUGUUGCAGACUCGAAUUUCUCUUCCUGGAGUGUUUUGUAGGUUUUUCUUGUCAACUGGUGUUCGGGAGAAUAUGUCAGGCGCAGAGGAAAGCAAAGAGCAAAGAGAAGUUGUUAUGGAGGAUGGUGAGAAGGCCAUGCCAUCACCACAGCAGGAAGAGGAAUCUGUGAAGAAUAAAUAUGGUGGGUUAAUGCCAAAGAAGCAACCAUUGAUUUCUAAGGAUCACGAACGUGCCUACUUUGACUCUGCUGAUUGGGCUUUGGGAAAGCAAGGUGGACAGAAGCCUAAAGGACCACUGGAGGCUCUCCGGCCCAAGCUACAGCCAACUCAACAGCAAACAGGCUACCGCAAAUCUCCUUGUGCACCGUCAGAAGGUGAAGAUAGAAGCACUGCCCAAGAAGAAGAUGCGACUCACAAUGAAUAAGAAGCUCUUAUCGAUCCUGGGAAAAUUGUCCGACAUUGUCUGCAUCGUUGAUAUUGAAGUUUCACCUUAAUAAAAGGCGUGCAAAUAGGAUGUUUUAGUCCCUUAGAUAAGGGAAUAUGCAGCCGUUGAGAGGUCUUCCAGAGCUUAUUGCAAUUGUAGAUAAGUUUGAGCUUUCACGUUAUUUGCAGACUAUAAAUUUGGAAUUUAAUCCGCCUCUUUUUAUCGUGAUAGUAGUUUGGUCGGAAUCGCAGCUCAUGCUCACAUGUAACUGUCACUCGUUUUGUUUUAGACUUAGAUAAUCUUUGCUCUAAAAUCUAAAUUUGUGCGUUUUGUACAUCGACCUAUAAAAUUUUAGGAAAUGUUUAAAACCGCAUCCACUCUGACCCACACGUCUAGUUAUAAUACUAGAUCCAGGACUAGGAUGUUAUACGAUACAGGGUGUCUAAUUAUCAAUUGGAUUAUCAAUGCACUAUACUAAUGGGAUUUGAGUU